AUGACUUCCCAACAGCAGGAUCUCGUCUUCUUUUCAGAUAAUUCCAUUGUCUCAGACCAUAGUCUAGUUUCGGGAAACAGCAGUCUCCACAUCAUCUCCCACCUCGAAGGCACGAAUCCGAGCUGGUUGGUUUCUUCUAUCUUGGAGAACUGUUUAGUGGGAACAGCGAAUCUGGUUAACAGAGAGCUCAACAGGAAGAUAAUCAACCGUUCUCAGGUCACUUUUGCAUCUUUCAUCCAUUCAAAAGCCUUCUGGGUACCUUUGAGUCGGAAACAAGGAGUUGACUUGGAUUCCAACCCCAACUUCCAAUUCGUGGAUUGUUUUAGUGAUCUUUUCACAAAGCAGAUCCCAAAUCCUGCCAAUGCAAAACCACAAGUUUCUAAGGUUUUCGGGACUAUUUGCAAGGCCAUAGAGAAUCAAAAAUCCGAAAAGAAAGUUGUUGUGGUCGAAUGUCCCGAGCUACUCCUUGCUGCAACAGAUCUCUCGAGCAAUGAUCUUGUGCAACAUCUUCGGAAAGUGGCAUCUCUUUGCAAUACGUUGUUUGUGGUGAUUAAUACAGAAUCUCCACUAACAAAUUUUACUGGAGCUCUUCCCGAUGAUCCUGUUUUCAGAAUCUCUGAUUUCUACGUCAAGUUGCAUCAUAUGUCUUCGUUAAAUAUUUCAGUCCAGCCACUAUCCACGGGCAGAGCAAAAGACAUCACGGGAUGUCUAACUGUUGCUCGAGGAUCUCAACCAGCCAAUCCAGUGACUCGUGUGGUGGAGAAGGAGUAUAUGUUCCAUAUCGCCAAAGAGUCUGUCAAGUUGUACUACCGUUAA